AUGUCCUUAGACGAAGAAAUCCUCGAGGCUGUCGCACGAGAUGGCUCGAUGGACUACGACAAGUGGCCCGGGAUGUUGGAGCCGUUAAUUGAACGGCUAGAUCAGAUAGUCCGAAAUGACUUUCCAAUGCCGAAGAUACCCCCAGAACUCGCUUCCUCCUUCGCUAUGCAGCAGCCCUCAGUCCCCUCUUCGUAUCCGUCUCAAGAUGCCAGCUUCUUGCAGAGCAGCAACAAGGAGAACGCCCCUCCUUCAGAACCCCUAGAACCGUCACAGAUAUCCAGCGAACGUGUACCAGAUUCUCUGCCAUCACAACGGGAUACCUCGAAUGACCCGCUCCCACCUCCACUACUAUCCCUCUUGGAAUCGAUCAAGUCUACUUUGAGAUCAUACUUUGCGUUGAAACCACCACACACAAUACAGCGACUGGUAGAGCUGAUUCUCCGUCCCACUCGUCAUUACCGUACAUUACCUGCUUAUCUUAGAGCUGUCGAUCGAGUAGUUGCUGUCUCUAGCACCGCAGAUAUCUUCCCUCUUCCCAGAGCGGGGCCGGACGACCUGCCUAAUGGGAUCGCUAAUGGCUCAAGUACCGGCUUUAUGGUUACAGAUGAUUCUCUGGGCAGCGACGAAUCCUUAGGAGGAGCGCUAUUAACUCCAAUACCGUGGUUAAAUAACACGGACCCGGACGGUAAUAAUACGGAUUCGACUGCGGAAGGUAAGUGGACUAUGGAUUCGAAUUCUGCACGCGAUGUGUCAUCGAUCAACGUGCUGAUUUAUGACGAUAUAGGAGCCGCGAGUCAAAGCGGGCUUGUCGGACAAGAGCAGGAGGUUGGCACCGUUAUGAGUCCGCGUCCAGAACAUGCCACUGCUGUAACCGUUGAGAAUGAAACAGGAGAGUCGCAUACGUCCCCGCCGCCUGAAGAAAUCCCCCAUGCGCGUGGUCCACCAGUGGUAGGUGUGGAGGACAUGGGGCUGCAGAACGGGAGGGGCAUCGAGAUGUCUCUUGCAACGAAUGCCGCGCCAGACAGCGAUGAGUCUGGAAACAAACCCGAGCAGGUGACAGGGGAUUCUGGUGCCAAGAGCAAUACCGGUGGAGAUGCUGAUGGGGAUGGGGACAUUGUUCUGGACGAUGUUACGGGCAAGGGAGUUGAUCAAGGACAGGCCGGCCCAGAAUCAGAAGAACGGCAGCAAGAGCAACAACGACCAUCGGAAACGGAUACCCCUACAGAUUAA